UCACAGCGGGACACAGCGGGACACAGCGGGGACACAGAAAGGGUACAAGGAAACAGUGACAGCAGGGAUAGCAGGGACAGUAGUGACAGCAGUGAAAGCAAAUCAGACAGCAGUGACAGCAGCGAUAGCAGUGACAGUAGUGACAGUAGUGACAGCAGCGAUAGCAGUGACAGUAGUGACAGCAGUGAAAGCAAAUCAGACAGCAGUGACAGUAGCGAUAGCAGUGACAGUAGUGACAGUAGUGACAGCAGUGACAGUAGUGACAGCAGUGACAGCAGCAACAGUAGUGACAGCAGUGACAGCAGCAACAGCAGUGACAGCAGUGAUAGUGAAAGUAGUGAUAGCAGUGACAGUAGUGACAGCAGUGACAGCAGUGACAGUGAUGACAACAGUGAUAGCAGCGAUGACAGCAGUGACAGUGAUGACAGCAGUGAUAGCAGCGAUGACAGUAGUGACAGCAGUGAUAGCAGCAACAGUGAUAGCAGUGAUGACAGCAGUGACAGCAGUGACAGCGAUGACAGUAAUGACAGCAGUGACAGCGAUGACAGUAGUGACAGCAGUGACAGCGAUGACAGCAGUGACAGCAGUGACAGCAGCGAUAGCAGCAACAGUGAUAGCAGUGAUGACAGCAGUGACAGCAGUGACAGCGAUGACAGCA